ACCCAGUAACACUGUCUACUACGUGAGAGCAAAUAUUGAAAAUGGCUGUGGGAGGAGGAGGAGGAGGAGGAGGCCAAAAAGCUGAUGAGUUUCAGCCACAUCCUGUUAAAGAUCAACUUCCUGGCGUCGACAUCUGCGUUUCCAGCUCUCCUUCUUGGCUUGAAGGGGUAAUUCUUGGGUUUCAGCACUACCUGGUGAUGCUCGGAACCGCUGUUUUCAUCCCAACCAUACUUGUUCCUUUAAUGGGUGGUGGCAAUAGAGAGAAGGCUGAAGUGAUAAACACUUUGCUAUUUGUUGCGGGCAUAAACACGCUCCUUCAAACUUGGUUUGGAACUCGGCUUCCAGUUGUGAUGGGUGGCUCAUAUGCUUUCAUUAUCCCAGCUGUCUCCAUUGCUAUCUCAAACAGAUUCAACAUCAAUGUCGAACCUCAUCAGAGGUUUAAACAGUCCAUGAGAGCUAUACAAGGGGCACUAAUUAUAGCAUCACUUUUUCAUAUGAUAAUUGGUUUCUUUGGCUUCUGGAGAAUUUUUGCAAGGUUUCUUAGCCCUCUUGCCGCAGUCCCUCUGGUAACUCUUACUGGACUUGGGCUCUAUGCUCUAGGUUUCCCACAGCUGGCAAAAUGCAUUGAAAUUGGACUUCCAGCUUUACUAAUAUUGGUUCUCGUAUCUCAGUACAUUCCCCACAUGACUAAAUCCAGCAGAGGCCUAGUUGAGCGCUUUGCAGUCCUGUUUACCGUUGCCAUAGUAUGGGUAUAUGCUGAAGUUUUGACUCUAGCUGGGGCAUACAAUAAAAGAUCCCCAAAAACUCAAUUCAGUUGUCGAACUGAUCGUUCUGGCCUCAUCAGUGCUGCUCCAUGGAUCAGGGUUCCAUAUCCAUUUCAGUGGGGUUCUCCAAGUUUUAAUGCUGGUGAUUCUUUUGCAAUGAUGGCUUCUUCUUUUGUUGCUAUUAUUGAGUCUACGGGUACUUUUAUUGCAGCGUCAAGAUAUGGCAGCGCCACUCCCAUCCCACCUUCUGUACUUAGCCGUGGUAUUGGUUGGCAGGGAAUAGGUAUACUGCUGGACGGUGCUUUUGGCACAGGAAGUGGCACCACUGCUUCAGUUGAAAAUGCAGGUCUUUUGGGAUUGACACGAAAUGGAAGUCGGAGAGUCGUUCAAAUAUCAGCAGGGUUUAUGAUUUUCUUCUCUUUAUUAGGGAAAUUCGGGGCUGUUCUUGCUUCUAUACCAUUACCAAUUGUGGCAGCUUUGUACUGUGUCCUCUUUGCCUAUGUGGCUUCAGCAGGUUUGGGUUUACUCCAGUUUUGCAACCUAAACAGCUUCAGAACUAUGUUCAUCAUAGGCUUUUCUCUCUUCAUGGGGCUUUCUGUGCCACAAUACUUCAAUGAAUAUUUAUUCACUUCCGGUCAUGGCCCAGUGCACUCUGGUUCAACAGGGUUGAACAACGUAUUUCAAGUGAUUUUCUCGUCCCCGGCAACAGUGGCACUUAUGGUUGCAUACUUGUUAGACUGCACUCACAGUGUUGGCCACAGCGCAACCCGGCGAGACAGUGGGCGGCACUGGUGGGAGAAGUUCCGGUAUUUCGGACGAGAUACAAGGAGUGAAGAGUUCUACUCGCUGCCUUACAACCUUGACAGGUUCUUUCCUUCAUCUUAGGCUUUGGCUUAUCAGAUGAAGAGCUUCAAAUGCAGUAAAUAGAAUCAAUAUUUUGUUGGAGACUAUGCUUUAUGUAUUCAUCAAAUCAAAGGAUGUAGGAUAUAGUAAUAUUUCUGCUAUGCUUGGAAGUGUUUCUUAUGGAGAAAUAUUAUAAACCUCUAGUUUUAAUUACCUCAUUAAGGUAUGAAUAAACAUUAUUUAGUUAAUUAAA